AUGGACGUGUCUACUGAAAAGUCGUUGAAUUAUUUUACAGCUAUAGAUUAUGGAGUUUUUGUUGUAAUGCUUCUUCUAUCUGCACUGAUUGGAGUUUAUUUUGGUUUUAUAUCCAAAAAGAAGCAGAACAACACUUCUGAAUAUCUACUUGGAUCGAAGAAAAUGGGAUUCUUUCCUGUCGCAGCUUCACUAAUUGCAAGUCAUAUUUCUGCAUCAACCUUACUUGCUCUUCCUGCUGAAAUCUAUCAUUUUGGAUCUGAGUAUAUUUGGAGCAUUGCUUCUGCUAUUUUGACAGGUUUUGCUCUCAUUCAUGUGUUCCUGCCAGUCUUCUAUGGUCUUCAAGUUACAUCUGCAUUUCAAUAUUUAGAACUUAGAUUCAACAGAAAUGUGCGUUUAGUGGCAAGCUUGAUUUUUGCUCUCACUGGGAUCACCUUCAUACCUGUAGUAGUAUAUGUACCGGCAUUAGCAUUAUCGCAAGUAUCAGGUAUCAAUCUCCAUUUAAUUACAACAUUCACAAGCAUUAUUUGCAUUUUCUACACAACUUUUGGGGGAUUAAAAGCCGUUUUAUGGACUGACACUUUGCAGCUUAUUAUGAUGAUCGGAGGGAUUGUUUGUGUGAUGUUUUUGGGAUUAAACUACAUGGGAGGGUUUAAUGAAGUGCUGAGAACUGCAUACGAAAAUGGUCGACUGGAUCUUUUCAAUAUGAAUCCUUCUCCAUUUGUACGGACUUCAUUUUGGACUUACAUAAUUGGAUUAUCUUUUGGAUGGACAGCAAAAUUAGGUGUCAGUCAGUGCUGUGUUCAAAGAUUUCUCUCAGUUCCAAAUAUUCAUGUAGCAAAAAAGUCAGUCUAUGUGUUUGUGAUUGGAUAUAGCUUAAUUAAAAUUACUUCUGUGAUGGUUGGCAUAACAAUUUAUGCUAAAUAUGCUUCAUGUGAUCCAAUAAUCUCCCAGAAAAUUGAAAAAAUUGAUCAAAUUCUUCCACUUUUUGUAAUGGAAGUUGCAUCUAAAAUACCCGGAUUGCCAGGAAUAUUUAUAGCUGGAGUUUUCUCAGCUUCAUUGUCGUCAAUGUCAUCAAAUUUGAAUACAAUAGCGGGAGCACUUUAUGAGGAUUUUAUUAGACAUAAAUACCCAAAUUUGUCUGAGAAGCGAGCAAGUGACAUAAUGAAAAUAUUGGUCUUAAUAAUUGGAAUUAUUUCACUCGGUCUGGUUUUUGUUGUCGAACAUAUGGGACAAAUAUUUCGUGUCUGUUUCACUAUCAAUGGACUUUCAGCAGGCGCAUUAUUUGGAUUAUUUACAGCUGGAAUGUUCUCAAAGACAAUAAAUACUAAAGGUGUGAUAACUGGAGCAAUUUCAUCAAUUGUGAUAUUGACAAUCAUUAUAAUGGGAUCUUUAGCACUUCCUAAGCCAGUUCCUUUGCCAAUAAAUACAAGUGGCUGUGAUUAUCCUUAUAACAAUACAAUACUUUCUUCUAAUGUAGAUGACAAGCUUUCAGCUGAAAAUAUUCCAAUCAUUUUUAAAUUAAGUUUUAUGUAUUAUAUCCUGUUAGGUACAAUUGUUCUUUUUUUAGUGGCGAUUCCUGUAAGUUAUGUCACUGGAAAUUGUGAGCCAUUUGACGAAAGACUUUUAGCACCAAUUUGUCGAAGUAAAAAUUGGAAAGAGAAAUGUCGAAAAGAACUUGAAAGCAAAAUGACAAGAAGUGACAAAAGUGAUCCAAUUUAUGAAUUAAAAAGUGGAGUCAUAAAAAGUAAUGACAGUAAGGAAAAGUCGUGA